ACAUUUAAAAAUUAUAUGGUUGAGGAUUACAUACAUCAUUCAAUGCCAGUCGUACUUGCUGAGCAGGCAGCUCUUCGUCAAAUUGAAUCUAUAAUUAAUCAGAGUGGUAAAACCUUAGCUGAUUAUAAUUUGCCAGCUUUAGAUCAGUUUUUAGAUAAUGUCCCAGAAAAUGAUGAUGAAGAUGUUCAGGUGUUUAUUGAUGAAGCAAACCGAGUUAGACCAUUAUUGAAUGAUAAUCAACGUAAUGUAGCUGAUGCGAUCCUUGCUGCACUAAGUGUGGAACCUACUAAUGAAAAUAAGCAUUCAAGGUUGUUUUUUAUGGAUGGGCCUGCCGGUUGUGGUAAAACAUUUACUUACAACUAUUUAAUUUCUGAAACACAGAGCAGGCAUAUUAGAACUGCAACAGCUGCAUGGACAGGAAUAGCUGCAACUCUUCUCAAAAAUGGGUGCACAAUGCAUGGCUUAUUCAAACUUCCUGUUCCAAUUUUGGAAACUAGCACAUGUAAUGUAACUCCAAACUCUAUUCAUGGUAGAUUCCUGAGACAAAUCAGUUUGUAUUUACUUGAUGAAGCAUCUAUGAUACCCAAAUAUGCUUUGAGUGCCAUUGAUAAGCUAUUACAAGAUAUUUGUAAUAACAACUUUCCUUUUGGUGGUAAGGUUAUUCUUAUGGGUGGAGACUUCAGACAAAUACUUCCAGUUGUGAAGCGAGGUCGACCAGCAGAAGUUAUAGAAUCAUGUUUAAAAUGUUCUGAACAUUGGCAAUAUGUGCAAAGGUUCUCAUUAACUGUAAACAUGAGGGUUCAGAUAGAAGAAGAGGAAUUUUCUCAAUGGCUUUUAAAGCUUGGAAGUGGAACAUUACCUGUCAAGCCUGAAGAUCCUUUGCGAGGGUGUAUUGAAAUACCUGAGCAGUGCUUUCUCAGUGAUAAUGAAUCUAUUGUGGAGAAGAUUUUCGGUGGUGCAGAAGAAGGUGAUUAUGCAAAACGUGCUAUUUUAACGCCAGCAAAUGUUGAUUCAUUGGCAAUAAAUGAAGAAGUCCUUCAUCGCUUACCCGGUGAUGUGAAAACAUAUUUAAGUUCAGAUAGCAUUGAUACUGAUGAUCUUAAUGAAAUUAAUAAUUUUCCAGUCGAGUUUUUAAAUAGUUUGACUCCAUCAGGUAUGCCUGUUCAUUGCCUAAAAUUAAAAAUUGGUGCUGUUAUAAUGCUACUUAGAAAUUUAGAUCUCAAAGGUGGACUUUGUAAUGGAACCCGUUUGAUGGUGCGUGCAUUACACAACAAUUAUAUUGAUGGUGAGGUUUUAACAGGUGUAUCAGCUGGUAACAGGGUAUUUGUUCCUCGAGUUCAAUUAGCUCCAUCAGAUGCAAAUUUACCUUUUACACUUAAACGCCGUCAGUUUCCAGUUAGGUUAGCAUACUCAAUGACCAUAAAUAAAAGUCAAGGUCAAACAUUUGAAAAAGUUGGUGUUUAUCUCAAAAAACCUUGCUUUUCACACGGCCAAUUAUAUGUUGCAUGUUCAAGAACAAGAUCAUUUAAUAGUUUGUUUUUCAAAGUUGAUAAACAUCCAUUACAAGCAAUGCUGAUAAAACUGAAUUUUUUUAAAAAAAGAGUUAUUCCAGCCUUCCAACCAAAUAUUAGAGACUUUUAAAAAAGCACUCUCACAAAGUAAGUGUCUAAUCUUCUAUAUAAUAUUGCCGAACUAAUUUUUACUAAAUUUUGGUUCGUAUUUUUCAUUUCUCAAAUGAAUUAACAUAAAACAAAUA